AUGAUUGAGCUCGGUCUUGGUCGCAUAUCUAGGCUCCUCCAACAGACUCCUCUGUCAUGGAAGGCCAUCCACAUAGCUGGAACCAAUGGCAAAGGCUCCAUUAGUGCCUAUUUGUCGCACAUGUUGACUGCGGGUGGUGUACGCUGUGGUCGCUUUACUUCUCCUCAUCUCAUCGAUCGAUGGGACUGCAUCACCAUAGGUGAGAGCGUUGUGCAGGAGUCGCUUUUCCGCAAGAUUGAGGAAAGAGUCAGAUUAAGGGAUCAGUCACUGGGAAUAGGGGCAAGUGAGUUUGAGCUGCUCACUGCCACGGCAUUUGAGAUCUUCAAUCAUGAACACGUCGAGGUUGGUGUGGUCGAGGUGGGAAUGGGUGGUCGCUUGGAUGCUACGAAUGUGCUGAGCGAUGUAUUGGUGUCGAUUAUUGCGAAAAUUGGGCUGGAUCAUCAGGCCUUUCUGGGAGAUACGUUAGAAUUAAUCACCCGCGAGAAGGCCGGGAUAUUGAAGCCUGGUGUUCCGUGUGUGGUUGACGGCACCAACGCUCCCGAAGUGAUUAGGACCCUUGAAGAUCGUGUUAACGAGUUGAAGAUCGAUGCUGUCUACGCGCAUCCUGAUACAAUAUGCUCCCAGUCACCAUCCCUGGGCCGUAUCUUCAGGGAGCUUGAUCUACAGCGUCAUCAACGGGCUAAUAUGUCCUGUGCGGUAUCAGCUCUUCGGCUCGCCCUAGCGAAGGUUCGCCCAGGGCUCGAAGUGGACAUGCUUCUGCCUUCCCUCAAAAACGUAGAGUGGCCAGGACGUUUGCAGAAAAUCUCCCUCAGUCCUCUCACCGCCCGCACAGAGCCUGUCUUGCUCGACGGUGCGCACAAUAGCCAGUCGGCUGAGGUUCUCGGAGAGUAUGUGGACAAAAAUUUGCGUCCUCAGGGUGACAUCACUUGGGUUAUUGCAGCGUCGCGUGGGAAGGAUGUGACCGCGCUCUUCCAUUCGAUAAUCAAAUCUGGAGAUAAGGUCGCUAUCACGGCAUUCGGUCCUGUCGAUGGAAUGCCAUGGGUGAAAGCAGCGGAUACAGAAGAAUUGGCUCUCUGUAUUCAAUCAAUCCCAGGUGUCCAAGACGUACGUACAUUUGGCGGGGACGUUCUUGCUGCCAUCAACUGGGCUUGUACCGAGGCUGGCGACUGCCCCUUGGUAAUUGCAGGAAGCCUGUACCUUGUAUCAGACGUUCACCGUCUCUUGCGUGAAGCGCGCAGAAGCGCAGGAAAUAUACCGGGGUCAUUAGUAGCAUAA